AAGAUAACUUUCUCCCUUUCGCGCGCUACAUCGGCCAAAUUCCGUAAAUCCGCCGAACUAGAGGAUUCAGUAAAUCCGGGAUUUACGGCAAAAAGAGGGAAACAGAGGAUUUAUUCUGCCGUGAUAUUUACGGGGCGAUCAAAUCCCGUUUGGCAGGAUUUACCAUAAAUUCUGCAUAAAUCCUGUUGUCAAACAGCCCCCAGGAGAGAGAGAGAAUGCGGCCGUUGGAUGAGAAGGAGACGACGGCAGUAUUUGAAAAGCUAUUCAAGUUCACCGGCCCCAACUUGAAGCACAUCGUGGAACGGCCGGCGACGGAGGGACCCGACGAUGCCCCAGGCCGUUACUGCUUCCGCCUCCACAAGAACCGCGUCUACUACGCGAGCGAAUCCAUCAUCCGCCGCGCUACCAACAUCUCCCGUGAUCGCCUCGUCUCCAUAGGCACUUGUAUCGGAAAGUACACCAACUCCGGCGUUUUCCGUCUAACGAUUCAGUCUCUCGAUCUCCUAGCCGCCCACGCUCGCCAUAAGGUAUGGCUUAAACCCACCGCAGAGUUGUCUUUCCUUUACGGCAAUGCUGUCCUUAAGGGGGGACUUGCUCGUAUAACCGAUAAUACUCAUGCCGGCGAUGGAGUCGUAGUGUAUUCCAUGGCAGAUGUGCCGCUAGGUUUCGGAGUGGCCGCGAGGUCCACACAGGAUUGCAGGAAGGCCGACGCUAACGCCAUUGUUGUGAAUCAUCAGGCGGAUGUUGGGGAGUACCUUCGGAAUGAGGAGGAGCUUUGAGGUUGCGUGUGUUGUCUUGUUUAUGGUUGUAUUUUAUUGAAACAUGCUCGCAGUUGUUUAUUUUUGUUUCGUUUUUGCACUUUGUGCGUAGCUGUGUUUGGGAUAUCCUAUAUGAAUUUAUUGUGGCUUAUGUCAGGCGUACUUGUAUUCAAUGGUUUAGUUUUUUUUUUUUGUGUUU